AGAUGGGUCUGCUAAGUGUGGAUUUGCUGAUCACGCUUCAGAUCUUGCCGGUCUUUUUCUCCAAUUGCCUCUUCCUUGCACUGUAUGACUCUGUGAUCCUCCUGAAGCACAUGGUGCUAUUUCUGAGCCGGUCUAAGUCUGGGCGCGGUGAGUGGCGGAGGAUGCUGACCUCGGAGGGUCUGCGCUGUGUUUGGAAGAGCUUCCUCCUGGAUGCCUACAAGCAGGUCAAACUAGGAGGAGAAGCCCCAAAUUCCAGUGUAAUCCACAUAGCCAAGGGCAGUGACGGCAGCAGCAGCAGCUGGAAGAGUGUCGGCAGCAAGUGUGGAACCAAAUGCCACCUUCUGGAUUUUGCCAACUCUGAGCGACCACUGGUGGUCAACUUUGGUUCAGCUACCUGACCACCGUUCACGAGCCAGCUGUCAGCUUUCAGCAAGCUGGUGGAGGAGUUCUCUGGUGUGGCUGACUUUCUGUUGGUCUACAUUGAUGAGGCUCACCCGUCAGAUGGCUGGGCUGCCCCUGGAAUCUCUCCCUCUUCAUUUGAAGUUAAGAAACACAGGAACCAGGAAGACCGAUGUGCAGCUGCUCACCAGCUCCUAGAACACUUUUCCUUGCCACCUCAGUGCCAGGUGGUGGCUGAUUGCAUGGACAACAACGCCAAUGUGGCUUAUGGGGUUUCAUUUGAGCGAGUAUGCAUUGUGCAGAGACAAAAAAUUGCCUAUCUGGGAGGUAAAGGCCCCUUUUACUACAAUCUGCAGGAGGUUCGGCUUUGGCUGGAACAAAAUUCCAGCAAAAGAUGAAAUCCAUGCUCUACAGAAUCUAUGACAGUAGAAGUGUCCCUUUAAGGUGAUAUAAAAGGGAAAAACCAGAAAAUGUGCUGGUGUGAAUAAGGCAUUUCAGGUGACUGAGGAACACAUUUCAUAGCAAGAUCAAAUGAAUGUUAACUAGAUAAAGAAAACCCCCACAAAACAAAACACAAAAGCAAACAAACUACAAAAAACUCCACAGAGGCAUCACUGUAUGAAAAAAAAAAUCUCACUCCUGUGCUCGCUACAAAACUGAAGAGGUGAAGAGGCUUCUGCAAAAAGGUGCUGCUGGCAAGCCAGAAGAGCAGUGAGAUGAGGCCUCUCUCCCAAAAACCUAUCUCAUGAAGUGUCAGCCCUGGAAUGAGCCAGAAGCAUUGCUGCUUGGAAAGCAAUCCAUGAAAAGGCAAUGCUGUGCCAUUUCAUCAGAAAUGCUUCUUUACCCUCCUGUAGUCAAUGCAAAUGACCCAGGAGAAGCCAGAGGGCUUGCGAUUGAUUUGCAUAGAAACGCAGUGGAGUGUGGCAGUUGUCCUCUGCACAUAAUUUAUUCAGAAACUACAGAAACCACCAUGCAAUGCAAUCCUGCAGGCAGACUGGCUGUUCAGAUCAAGAUCAAACAUUGUAGGCUGGCAUUUGUACUCCCUCUAGAUGCCUCUGACAGCAUAUUAACUAUGUAAUUCUGUCUACAUGUUUGUAUCCAAUAUGCAGGUCUGCUGAGAAAGGUGUUCAUGUCUAUGGAGUUGGACCAAAAAGACAGAGGUGAUCAAGUAAGACCAUUACAAUUCAAAAAGCAAAAAAAAAAGCAAAAAUUAUUUGUAACAAAGCAGUGAGAACCACCUAGAGAGAGCAUCACAAGACAAAAUUCAGCUGAUACCAACUAGGCCUUAGUUCUCAGAGCUGACAACAUACAUUUAUCAAUAUUCUCUGGUUCUGUGCUGUCUAGCAAUAGGCUUAAAGGUAAUUUCAUUUUUAGCUUUUUAAAAAAUAAGUUAUUUCUCUCUUUUAUGUUUAUUUGAGAUAAUGACUUUACAGAUGUAUUUAGGGCAUGGGGAAACUUAUACACAACUUUACCUCAUUGAAAUGGAAAUUCAUCCUGUUACCCUGUUAAAUGUAGUCAUGCAGAUUUGUGCUGUCUUAGAUAUGUGCAACUAGUUUAUUGCUCCUUUAGUUUGUCUGGAAGCUAAGUUGCUUGCAGCCUCAGAAUCGAUUAGCUGCAGUUCUGCUACCAUAUGAAGUGAUUCUUUCACUCAUAUUCUCAAAAGCCUUCCUAGAGAAAAAUGGAGGACAAAUAGUGUGAAUUAAUGUGAAUAAGUAUAAAACAUGGCAGAAUUUCCAUAUGAAUGGGUCUGGGGAAUCUUGCUUAAAGAGAUACUUUCAUGAAGUUUCAUGAAAAGGCAGUUUACUAUGAGCUAACUCAUUAGAGCUGAUAAAUGAAAACCUAUGAGGAGGGACUACUCAACUUUUCUGUCAGCUUUGGCAGAAACAUAAAACAGAUAAGAGGGUAAGCGGCAGAAAUCAAAUUAGUUCUUUUAAUUUAUCAUCUAGCUGAUUGUCAAUGAUAUGAUGUGCUACUAUGAAGGCAAGGAAAGAACAGAAAAUGCAUAAACAUCGUAAUUUUUACAAUAUCGCUUUAAUAUUGUGUAUUUCUUCUUGCUUGGCCAUUAGUCAACCUGGCCAAUGUGCAAGGCAAUUGGAAAUCUGUUUUCGAGCACAGAUCUGAAAUAAUGACAGUAACAAGACUGAGUCUCCCAUAUUCAAGUUCAUGCUUCCUCUCCUCAGAUUUUCCUCUGUAACUACUAAACACACACACACACACACACACCCUUCUACAGUGUGGUAAAUCUAUCAGGAAAGGGUCUUCAGACCUUCUAGUGGGUCCCACUUCUCAGAAGGUAUGUGUCUGUGUGUGUGUGUAUAUUGUGUGUGUGUGUAUAUAUGCAGAUAUACAUUUAUGUAUAUGUAUAUGUAUAUCAUAUCCUUUUAUGUAUGAAUAUACAUAUGCAUGCAUACAUAAGUGGUGUCUGAGACAAACAAUAAUAAUUCUUAUUAUUCUGCUUUCCCAUUUGUGAAUGUUGUUGUCACUCACUGCUCAGAUAGUUAUGCUUUUUCAUGACUAACUGGGAAACAUAACUGAAAUGUUAAAAUGUAGUCCUAUGGAAACAGUAACAUUGCCAAACUAUGUGGUUUAUUUAAGCCAGUGUCCUACUUCUGACUGUAUCAGAUGCUUCAGGGGAAGGUGCAAUAAUUUCUUCUGGAAUUUUCAUUAGCUUCAGCCCUUAUUACUUUCGUCUUCUCUAAUGUGAUUGUUAUCUCACCAACUCCACAAAAGGCUGAUCCUGAGUUUUGUGAUCCAAAUAUUUCCUGAGGUGGGGAAUUUCAGAUUCUUUUUUUCAGAUUUAAAUUGGCUGCUUUUAAAUGUCAUUCUCAUAUCUUGCUCUUGUAUGCUAAAAGAGUAUAAACAGGAGUGAUCCCAUUUUUUUCUUCUGUAUAUCAGUUAUUAUAUACUCUGUACAGAAAUUAACAUACCUUUUGUUUGUUUCUUAAGCUAAACAAUAACUCACAUUCUUACACAGGUAAGAUAAACGAUAAAUGAAAUUCUUUACUAGACUCUGGAUCUUUUCUGGUUUUACUACACUGCCUUUGUAAGACUUAAACUAGUGAGUCUUUUCUUUCUCCUUUUUCCUGUCCUACAGUUGAAGCUUGAACUUGUUUAUCCAGAAAAUGCUAGACAAAUGUUUAGCACAGAUGUUGAAACAUACCUCGAGCUCAGAGGAGUCUGAGGUAGUAAUUCAGUUAGUUAAUACUCCUUUGCAUAUCUAAAGUUACAGUGAUUUUUUAAGUCCAUUUUCCCCUUUUGAAUUUCCCUUAUUUUGCCUUGUUGUUCACAGAUGCUUGUUCAUCACAUAGUAUAAAGGAAUUAUAAAAUUGGCUCCUGUAAAUGGGAAAUCUACAAGGAUUUUCCACACGAAAAAAUGCACAAUAACUUCAUUUCUUUCUUGGCAACAUGAAACUAUCACCCUGCCCAAAACUUCAAGAUAGUUCAGCCACACUCAUUAUCAAGACAGAAAAAACAUUUUGCAAAUCCUUAAAUUUCCUCAGAAAUUUGUGAUCAGAAAGCAGGAGCAGCAUUUCAAAGAGAAAUGGGCUUGGAGUGGAAAAAGAAAUCUUUUGGAAGUGGCUGAUGGAAAUAGAAGCUCUUUAGUUUUGGGUUUGGUUUUGGUUUGGUUUGGUUUGGUUUGGUUUGGUUUGGUUUUUUGGUAAAAUUAAAACACUUUUAUAAAAGGUUUUCAGUUAAGCUUCAUGCAUUGUUCUCAGUUAAUGAUAGAAGUGGACUUAGGUCAGAUAUCCAAAAUUAUUGUAAUAGUGGAUUGGUUUGAGUCCAGGAAGAAAUUUUGCUACCUUGCAAGCAUAGUACAUCACAACUGGUCUAGUCUGCUGUGAGGUUGGAUUUGCUUUGGUCUCUUAUUCUUAUAUUUGAGGGCACUAAACCAUAUUACUUGAGGUGCUUCAGUGUGACGUACAUACUGAGCAACAGCUCACAAAGUAGGUGCCCAAAAGUAUUCUGGAAGGCUACUGUAUAUAAUGGAGAUCCCAAUAUUUUGUCACAACAUUAGUAUGGGAAACUUCCAGCACUUCUUCAUUUUGAGUAAGGUAAAAAAGCUAUUCUGGGCUAUCAUUCUACAUUGUUCUGUGCUUAGUAUGAUUAUUUAGCAUUGUAUAAAAUGAACAUAAAACAUUUUGUACAGAUGAAAGUGAUAGCAUUUUGCUCUUACUUGUGUAGACAAUGACAUAAAUUUAAAACAGCAGGAAAACAUGCCCUGUCUAUUGAAAAGAAAAAUAUAUUGUGAAAUAUGUUGUUCAACAACUGUCUGGACACUUUGAAAAACAAAAUGCAGUCAUUUUUAUGAAGGUGACUUUGGUGGGGAAAUUCACAUAGCUUCUCAAAAAGGUAUCAGUGCUAUGUGUUCAGGAGUGUGGGGGGAGGGAGGUGAUGUUUCUGUAUGUGUGAAAGUGGCUUUUCUGUGAUGUGGAGUGUAGCCUUAAGAGCUUUUCUUUUAAGACUUUCAUUCAGUACUAUAACCAAAGCAAUAAGAGGUAUCAGGUAGGGAAUACUGGCCAGUUUUGUUCAAUUCUUCACCCUGUCUGUGCCAGAUCCAUAUUCAGUGACCUUUGGGCCCAAUUUAGAGACUUCAGAGAAGAAAGAUUAGGGUGAGACAGUGAAGGCUUGUGUGCUUAUGAAGAUCGUUAAUAAAAGAGUAAUUAACUCAGUUAGCGUUCAGAUGCUCUCACACUGGCGUUCUUCUGUGCACCUUGGUGUUUCUCUAUUUGAAAGAGGGGUCUCUGUGCAGCUGUUCAGAUCACCAGGGUGUAGAUAGAUACCUGUGUGUACUGACUAUGUGUGUGUCAUUGUUCAAAUGUCAAAAAUACACUUUGUAGGAGAGCCAGCAAAAUUUUGUUACGAUAUGGUGCUCCAUGAA